AUGGCCGAGAAAGGUUAUAAUUUAAGACCCAACCGUAAAAAUUCUAACCUAAACCCAAAUGACGACUACGACUACAACAAAACUGACAGCGAGAGCGAGAUUGAAGAAGAAGGUCUCCAUGUUGAUGACAUCACACGCACGGACACAGAACAAAAAACACAUCCACAGCAGACAUCAGAACUCACAGAGGAAGAAAGCAACGAGUCCAUGGACCAAUCAGACACUAGUAUUCCCAUUUCUACAAGUCUGUUUGCAAAUGUUGCCACUGAACUGUCCAGUAAACAAAGUCUGAAUGUUUCCAAAAUGCCAGGUGAUAGCCAAGGUCACAUUAGCGGAUCAAUAACCCAGACACCCGCACCCGAACACAGCCGAUCGUUACCGAACAUAGCCGACGCCGACGAACGUCACCCAGACCCAGACGACCUAACAACACGGCAACGGAACAACCCUAGUGCAACUGUCGGUGCAACAGCAACUGUCACAUCAACACUAAUUGCACCAUCAGAUAUUAAUACUUUAAUUGCCCUCAUGACUAAACUAGACACUAAAUUGAGCAACAAAAUUGACGAAUCUCAUGCUAAAAUUGACAGCAAAAUUAUCGAAUCCCAUGCUAAAAUUGACAGCAAAAUUAACGAAUCCCAUGCCGAAAUUAACAGUAAAAUCAACAGCAAACUCAAUGAAUUAAAAGUUGAACUCACUCAAAGCUUCAAUGAUAAAAUUGAUGCUAAUAGCCUAGAAAUUCAAGCUUGCAGAAACGCGCUAGAAACUCAAAUUUCAGAAAAUCGUGAAAGUCAAAAUAAAUUCCAGAUCGAAAUAAACUCAAUUAAGAUCACUCAGACAACACAAGCUGAGGAAAUCAUUAAACUUAAUGAAAAACUCACACAAAAAAUUGAUGAAUCACAAGAUCAAAUGAGACAAUUCGUCAUUGAUAAUCUUACACAACAACAAUCAAUAUCUGAUAAUAAAAAUCAACAGAGACAAAAUGACAUCCUAUCUGCUGUCAAAACACAAUUGGUAAUGCAUGAACAGAAUUUUGACCAAAAAAUUGAAGAACUUUCUCAACGAACCAGGCAAGAAUCCGAACAGAAUUCUAAAGCUAAUUUGGCCAUCAUACAAAACGAAAUUCUCCCAAAACUCACCAUCCAAAACAAAACUUUAGAAUCUCAGCAAGCGGAAAUCCAAAGUUUAAAUCAAAAUCUGACUAAAUGUGAACAAGAAGUGGAAACCCUCAAACAGAGCAAAACAUUUGAAAACUUCCAAGGCCCAAUCAAAAUUAUAUGCAAUGGAAAUGAAGAGAAAGACCGACAAAUACCAAAAUUCAACGGCCGAAGUGGCAACCCAAAAGAAUAUCUUAAUAAAUUUAAAAGAUAUUACGACAGAGGACUUGAGCGAAACAGUAAUAAUGACCCGAUUGAAUAUCUCAAAGACCUGCUAGAAACUUCAUUCGAAGGUCCCGCCUUAAGAUGGCUACAACUUGUAAAGACUGACUUAAGUUCCUGGGAACAAUUUUCCAACGAAUUCGAAGCUAAAUACUGGUCAAGAGAAGUACAACGCAGCUUAAGAGCCAAAAUCGAAUCAGAAAAAUACCGGUCAAAUGGCACCCUCAGCCGCAGUGAAUACCUUACAGAACGUGUAAUUUCACUCCAAUCUAUGAGCCCUUGCCUAACCGAAGAAGAAAUUGUGACACUGAUGGCAGAGAGAUUUGACUCCAUCGUACAAGACUGCAUCAAUGUACAGAACAUCACCACCGUACGUGCAUUAGAAAGACUUCUACAACGUGAAGAUCUCAAAGAAGGACCGAAGAAGACACGCACCAACAACCAGAAUCACAACAGCUCAUCCAACAACCGACCGACAACUCCAAAUCAACAACCACACAUUUAUCAUCAAAACGGCCGCUACGAGAAUCAGAGAGCGUACCAACCCAAGAUACCUUCAUAUCACAACAAUUCAUACAACAACAAUCACCAACACAGAAAUUAUCCAAAUCAUCAAAAUUACCGUCCUAACUACAAUCAUCCUACUUACGACCGAAACCAUGAAAACAAACCAUAUCAACGAGACAGAUAUCCUCCACGUAACGGUGACAACAACCAACGGACCUACAGAAACCACCCAACCCAAGAACAAGCUCAGCUUUGCGCAGUAAUAAGACAAAAUAACUACGUGCCAAGUGCUCCUCCAAAUAACCAAUCAUCACACAGUUACGAGCCACAGACUCAUCCUGCACCAAAUAUACAGGAAAACGGUUCGGCGCUGUAA